AUGGAGAAAUUCAAAUAUCACAUACGGGUCGAAAAUAAUAUUGCAACAAGGUGAAACUUUAACUUUUUCUUCUUCAGAGUUCUGGGUACACGUCACAUACACCAUAGUCCUUAGUAAAUCGAUUUCUACGUAUCCGAUCACACGCGGUUGUCGACACCAUUCACUCGUCAGCAUGAUUACAGCCCGCCUAAUUGUUUUUUGCUCGGCCCUCGUAAUUAUUGUCCCAGACCACGUGUUCGCUGAUAAAGCGAACAAUAUUUUGUCUACAAAUUUUUCACCGGAAUCAAGAGAGAUUUCGUAUCCAUGCAAAUGUCAAGAAAGCAAAUGCAGCUGUUGUAGCGGAAACAUACUUCAAAACUUUAACCUUAACAUACGGCAACGGUUGUGCACUAACAUAACAUACAACGCCGAUGACUUCGAAUUCAACGUGCGUAUAUUAUUCAAUGAUUACACGGUGUACAAUAGAGAUGUAUCGGGUAGAAAUCCGCGCCCCAUAUGCGUGCCUAUCUUCCCGCCCGCCUGGACCCGGAGCCGAGUGUGCUUGAAGUUCAGCAACGUGUACUUCGUGGGCCGUAACGUUCACGUGUGUUUAAGCAUGGAAGCGCAAACCGAAAAAAAACCCGUGUUUGAUGUAAACUUCAACUGCGUCCGGAUGGGCACUCAGGGCGUGGCGUUGCUGAAACCAGAGGAUGGUGGUGGCCUAGUGCCACCAAUGCCUCAAGAACCAGCUGAAGGAACGACGGCGGUGGUAGCUGUAGCGGCGGACCCGACUAGUCGUAAAAAAAAAUAAAACUAAACCGCCCCAUGCAUAAGUUUUGCAAAAACUUGAUCUAGAUAUUCGAAUGCAAUAAUAUACAGUGUUUCACCAAUCAUGUUAUCCCCCAUAUUAUCAAUUAAUAAUUAAAUAAUUCUAGUUCUAAUUUUUAGAAUGUUUAAACUUUAAAGUUUAAAUAUACUCGAAGACCAUUUAUUCAAAUUCUUGAGACUAUUUUCAUACUACUUAAGAAGUGUCUUGUGACAUUAUAAACAUACAUUUUUCAAACCAAAACCUUCCUUUUUUUCUGUAAAUUAUGUAGUGGAUAAUUAUUUUAAAAAUGUUGAUGAAUAUAAUUAAAAAUUCGAACAAAUAGUUUUAAAUUAUUAAAAUGUUUAUAAAAAAAAAAAACAUAAGUUCUUAAAAAUUAUUCUACAAAAAAUAUAAAAUAAAUAUAGUAUUGAAUUUAAUAUUUAGAAUAUUUGGACUAUUUUUUUAAGUUAUAAAUACUGAUAGAUUUAUAUAAACUAAUAAAAUUUUCAAAUAACCAUUAGCUCCAUACCUUCCAAACUCAUUAUCGUGGACCUAUUAUCAUUAGUAGAUUUACAAAGUUAAACAACUUAAAAACUACUUGAUCGAAGAUUAAUUUUGAAUUUUUAACAUAUUCCGAAAAAUCCUUUUUUAAGUUAUGUACUAUUUAAAAGGAUGAAGGAGAUCAUAAUUUAAAAACAUAAAUAUUAAUAUCUCCACAGAACUAUCCAUAUGUAGAAGGUACACCAAAUUCAAGGAUUAAAAAUAUAGUCUCAAAGCAUAUCUAAUGAUAAUAUUUUGAAUAAUUUGCUUUAUUGAAGAAGAGAAAGAAAGGGACAUGCUUGGAGAAUCACACUGUAUAAUUUUGUAUUAUUCCAUGUAACGUAAUAUUAUCAUAGCUGGUAAAUAUUUGUAUAUUAGUCAAAUUGAUUCGUAUAACAUGUAUAAAUAAAUUAUAAGUGACAAACGUUAUUUAAUAAGUUAUUACUUAAAUUAUAUUAGCAGUAUUAUUUAAUAUUUAUAACCAUUAUUUAUUUCUAUUGAAUCGAUUCGAAAAUGUGUUCACUGAUAUUAUUGAAGUUAUGCGGUUCUACCAUGAAUUAUUAUAAUACAGAAUUAUUGAAAUUAAUAAUAAUAUAUAUAUAUAUAUUAUAUAAAGUA